UCUUUUAAAGUAUACAUUUAGUUAUCACCAAAGGAAAAAUCUACGAAAAUGGGCCAUUACGCCAAAAUCCUAUUUUGCACAAUUCUUUUGUACAGUUACGCUGCUUCCAAAGUGUCCAAAUGCUAUUACUGCUUAUUAUCAGAUAAAUGUAACGAUCCUUUCAAUUCUACUUUCGCCACUGUAUUGAACUGCUCCAAUCCCAGCACUUACAAAACUCUCAGUAUGGAUAACAACAACGGGUUCAAUGGAAAUCGGCAACUUUUGCAGAGAUUGGAUCAAAACGAUGAUUACGUUUGCGUUAAAUACGUUAUAAAAAAUAGUGCACAAGUUGCUGAUGGUGUAGUAACAGACCGAAGAUGCAUGCAAAGAUAUUCCAGCAGCAACGUAGCUGCUUGCGAUCAAGUAAAACAAGCCAUGGGUACAUCUUCGACUUUAAUGUCUUGUUCGACUUGCGACAAUGAUUUGUGUAACUCCGCCAUUAGAUGGAAUUCUUUGUCUUCUUUGACGGCUGCAGUAGCGGCUGUUUUUGUUUUUAUCGGUUUGAUUUGGUAGUGAAAUAUGCUAUAAUUACCUAAAAUAUUUAAGCCAAUUAUAACAGUAUUAAGUAUUAUAAAUAAAUUAUUUUUUUUUCUUAA